AUGGGGGCCGAGCAGCCGGCCGGGGCGGCCCCGGAAGCGGUCAGGUGCGUCCUGAGGACCUUGCCCCGUGAGUUCCAAUUGCUGGGACGCAAGGAGCACGCCUCCAACACUCUUGCUUGCCGCUGUGUGCUGCUGAUUCUCUUCCGAGUGCCGAUCAGAGUUGGGUAUUGGCCUGGCGACACCAGCACAAUAUAUUCCUUGCCUCUGGAGAUGGAACCGUUUUAUGGGUGGGUUGUGGUGCGGCACUCGGCUCCAGCUGAUGGUGCUUCGCUGCUGUAUGACUGCCUCCCGAACGGUCUGGAGUACCUGAACUGGCUUGCAACCUUGGACACCACGUGCUGCGACGUACCUUUGGAUAACUGA